AAUAAAGCCUUUUUCACUCUCUUAUAUGCUCUUUCGGUGUGUUUGCGACGUGCAUAGGCAAUAUCGGCCCUUCCCCGACCUCGGAACCGCCAAACGCCAAGUUAACCCGUCCAGCCGAGCCGUUUUCCUCACCUUGGAAGCUCUCAACCUCACCCAACAGCAAGCUACAUCUUCGCCCUUCUCGCACCCAAUUGCGCCUACACCACCCCUCUUCCUCGGCCUACAACCUCGCCAGAUCUUUAUCCCCCCUUUUUUCUUUUACACAUAUCGGCGCAAUGGCUCCCAUACAGGACCAGGCCAUCAAUGACCUGAAAUCCCACAUCUCGCGGCUUGAAGCGCGGAUCGCGGAGCUCGAGGGAAGAAUGACUGGUGGAGGUGGGAGCACGGCGGCUCAAUUAGAAGGCGUGAGGAUGAUUUUGAUGGGUCCACCGGGUGCUGGGAAGGGAACACAAGCGCCGAAGAUCAAGGAAAAGUACUGCGUCUGCCAUCUCGCUACCGGAGAUAUGCUGCGGGCGCAGGUCGCAAAGAAAACUGCUCUCGGGCGGGAAGCGAAGAAGAUCAUGGACGCCGGGGGUCUUGUGAGCGAUGAAAUCAUGGUCAACAUGAUCAAGAGCGAGCUAGAAGGCAACGUAGAGUGCAAGAACGGAUUCAUCCUCGACGGCUUUCCCCGCACUGUGACCCAAGCAGAGAAGCUUGAUGAGAUGCUCUUAAGCUCCCGCAAGCCCCUUGAACAUGCUGUGGAGCUCCAGAUCGACGACGCGCUCCUCGUCGCCCGAAUCACCGGCCGUCUGGUCCACCCUGCCUCCGGCCGCUCGUACCAUAAGAUCUUCAAUCCGCCCAAGGAGGCCAUGAAGGACGACGUUACCGGCGAGCCGCUAAUACAACGUUCCGAUGAUAAUGCCGAUACCCUAAAGAAGCGACUCUCUACAUACCACCAACAGACCAGCCCCGUUGUUGCAUACUACCAAAAGACCGGCAUUUGGAAGCCAAUUGAUGCUAGCCAAGAGCCCGGCCAGGUCUGGAAGAGCCUGUUGAAGAUCUUCGACGACAACAAGACGAUAGGAGGUAAGACCGGCGGCCUCUUCAACAAGCUGGGGCUGAAGAACUAGAUCUGCGUAGAUGUGUCGCGGGCGUUGGGAUUAGAAGGGGCAAGGAAGAUAGGUAACAUGACACGCAUUUCUGGCAUGGAAAUGCUAAGCAAUUGGGCAAUAAAUGGUCAAAUGAACGGGUUCAUGUGUGAAGUGUUGGUCUAAGUAAAAGUGAGUUUCUUUUCGCCUAUGCCUUGGGCGAGAGGAUACGGGUUGCACAUGCACAUAAAUGGUAUGGAUCCCCCGGAUUCCCUUGUACUUUUAAAGAUGAAAGCUUUUCUGGUUAGGGCCAAGGGAGCAUUUGGUGGGAAGCGUGUUUCUCAUAUUGUACGUUUGAUGGUGCUCAGCUUUCCUGACGUUCAGAAGUCAAGGGAGAGCGCAUUAUUAGAAG